AGCGGGGGCCUCCAGCCCGCGAUGCUGCCCCCGGGUCAGGCGGCCAGGCGGUGCGCGGUUCCCUGGGCACAGGUGCGGGGUGCCCGUCCUGGCUGGGGCGUGUGGCUCACCUGUGCCUGGGGCAGGCCGGCAGGGCUCUGCUGCUGUGUCGGGGCGGGUGCCAUGUCAGCGCCCAGCUGCGCCCAUUUCGCAGCUGCUCCCCUUCCCCGGCGGUGCCAGUCACGGCCGGCGGCGAGUGCAGCUGCUUCCCUUCUGCCCCCCUGCAGUCCCGGAGCUGGGCCCGGCAAGCCCCGCUCUGACCUGGGUGCUCCCCGGCUCCCUCCCCUCCUGCAAGAGCUGGCCUGGCUUCGCCUCCAGCUCCCGGGCUCGGGCCUGGGUUGCAGACCUGCUUGGGGGCUAGUUUUGCCGGGAUGUGCCCCCAGACCUGCCCUGGGUUUUGUGACGAGCGUCCGGGGUCUGGGCUGGGUGAGAGCUGCUAAGUGCUGGGCAGAGCGGGGGUCCCUUCCCAGCGGCCCUGUGCCCCCUUCUGCCCCCAGCUUGGCUGGUCCCUGCUGCUUCCCCGAGGACUUGGGCUUGUUUGGGGCCUGCGCCAGGCUGGGCCCGGCUCCGGAGGGAGGCAGAUGUCGGGGCGACACGUCAGCAGGGACCGGCAGGGCCACUGGCGCUGCCCUUGCAUCCCCGCCAUGGUUUCAAAGCUCCUUCCUGUUCUUGCGAGGCCGGCGUGGGGGCCACUGGCCAUGGCCAUGGUCACCUUCCUGUCCAAGGAGACCCGGCAGCUGCUGCAUAACAAUCCAGCGGUCGGUGUACAAGGACCUGGUGCUGCUUCUGCAGAAGGACGAGCUGCUCAGCAGCUCUCAGCUCCGAGACAAGGGAGAGCUGAGCUUCGAGCAGGACUGCCUGGUGGAGGGAGGACAGCUGGACAAGCUGCACAACGGCACGCGGUACCGGGAGGUGCGGCAGUACCGCACCGGCCACCACCUCGUGCGCUUCUACUUCCUCACGCGCAUCUACUCCGACUACCUGGAGAGCAUCCUGGCUGACUUCCAGGCCGGGCCCCAGCCCGACCUCGUCAUCAUCAACUCCUGCAUCUGGGAUGUCAGCAGGUACGGCUCCAGCUCCAUGAAGCAGUACCGCCUGAACCUGCAGCGCGCCUUCGACCGCCUCGUCAAGGUGCUGCCCCCCAGCUGCCUGCUCGUCUGGAACAUGGCCCUGCCGCUCGGGCACCGUGUCUCCGGGGGCUUCCUUGUCCCAGAGGUUCAGCACCUGACCCCGAGGCUGCGGGAAGAUGUGAUCGAGGGCAACUUCUACAGUGCAAUGGCGGCGGGCGGGUGCGGCUUCGACGUGCUGGACCUGUACUAUCACUUCCGCUUUGCUACGCACCACCGCCAGCGUGACGGCAUCCACUGGAACAGCCACGUGCACCGGUGGCUCUCCCACCUGCUGCUCACCCACGUGGCUGACGCCUGGGGCGUCCACGUCCCCGACAAGACGCAGCGGCUGCGUUCCUUCCAAGACAAUCACCUGGCGCCGGAUGCCUGGGCCAGCUCCUCCCUGGAGCCCUGGGCAGCUCCCUCCCGUCCCUGGGUGCCAGAGACCCCUCUGCACCCCCCAGGCCUCCGGUGGAAGGAUGAAGCCCAGGCUCCCUAUGGACCCCCAGCAGGUGCCUACCUACUGCCCCACCCUGCUGCUGAGAGCAGCCCCUUCCACGAGGACACCCCGCUGCUGCCCGGCCCCUCUAGCUCCGGUGCCUUCUGCUCCGGCUACAUCAGCUUUGACCACAGAAGUGCCCUGGGUUCCUUCCAGGACAAUUACCCGGCGCCGGAUGCCUGGGCCGGCUCUUCCCAGGAGCCCUGGGCAGCAUCCUCCCGCCCUUGGGUGCCUGAGACCCCUCGCCCCCCCCCAUGCCGCCGGUGGGAGGAUGAGGCCCAUGCUUCCUAUGGGCUCCCAGCAGGCCCCUGCCCGCCUCCCCUGCCUGCUGCCGAGAGCAGCCUCUUCCUCGAGGACACCCCGCUGCUGCCUGGCCUCUCCAACUCCGGCUACAUCAGCUUCGACCACAGCGGUGCCCCAGGUGCUGCCUGUGCCACCCCCGGGCUCCUCCGUGUGCCCUACCCUCUGGGCCGCCCAAGCCGUGCCCGCCAGCACAUCAGGCGCCGCCAGCCCUUGGCCCGGACGCUCGGGGCCCCCUAUAGCCGCCCCCUGCCUUCCCACCCCCACCGCUACUAGGGGUCCCCCCACCCCUCCAGAGUCUCGGGGUCCCAGCUCUGUGUGGGCCAGGCGUGACCCCGUGUGCACACUACAGGGCCAUGUGCAAUGCUCCAUGCGGCAUGUGGACACCGAGCUGUUCUCCCCUGCUCUGCCUGCAUCCCGCUGGGGCCGGAGGCUGUUGGGUCCCACCUGGGCCCAUCUGGGUCGUGCCAUGGCCCUGUGCUCUGCUGCUCCACUCAAGCUGGCCAUGUCCUCUGGAUGUGGCUGGCAGUUGCUCCAUUGCCGGGUGCUGGGCUGGAGCCGUUUGGGACCAGGGGCCGUGGCAGCUGAUGGGUUUUUAAGGACUGUUUGGAUUGGAUAAUAAAGCUGUGAUCUCA